ACGUCGUUUCCGGCGGAUACAACUGGUCAGCUGCGUUGUAUUACAAGGCUUCCUGGUUCGCUAAUGAAACCGUUGUGUUUUCUCUAUUAAAUCAUCAUAAAUGCAGACUCGUUUCUCACGUAUCAGCGUAGAUAUCAGUAGACGGGACCCGGUACCACCGCAGCCACGAACAUGAACACGGAGAAGGAUUUUUCGCCUUUGACGCCCAACAUUGUCAGGGCUCUGAAUGACAAACUGUACGAAAAGAGGAAAGUCGCGGCUUUGGAAAUUGAGAAGCUGGUGCGGGAAUUUGUGGCUCAGAACAACUCCACUCAGAUCAGGCACGUAAUCCAGAUUCUGGCCUCGGAGUUUGCCCUCUCCCAACACCCCCACAGCCGCAAGGGGGGUCUCAUUGGAUUGGCAGCCUGCUCCAUCGCCCUCGGCAAGGACUCAGGUCUGUAUCUGAAGGAGCUUAUUGAGCCUGUACUCACGUGUUUUAAUGACUCAGACAGUCGUUUGCGCUACUAUGCCUGUGAGGCCCUCUAUAAUAUAGUCAAGGUGGCAAGGGGAGCUGUACUGCCCCACUUCAACCUGCUCUUUGAUGGUCUCAGCAAGCUUGCAGCAGACCCAGAUCCCAAUGUGAAAAGCGGUUCUGAACUCCUGGACAGACUGCUGAAAGACAUUGUGACCGAAAGUAACAAAUUUGACUUAGUGGCGUUUGUCCCCCUGCUGAGAGAGAGAAUCUACUCCAAUAAUCAAUAUGCCAGGCAGUUCAUAAUUUCUUGGAUCCAUGUUCUGGAGUCCGUGCCAGACAUCAACUUGCUCGACUACCUCCCUGAAAUCCUGGAUGGGCUCUUCCAGAUCCUGGGAGACAACAGCAAGGAGAUCCGCAGGAUGUGUGAGGUGGUUCUGGGGGAGUUUCUGAAGGAGAUCAAAAAGACUCCCUCCAGCGUGAAAUUCGCUGAGAUGGCAAACAUCCUAGUCAUCCACUGCCAGGUUCAGAUGAGACCUAAACUCACAAACGACCUGAUCCAGCUGACAGCUAUGACCUGGAUGAGAGAGUUUAUCCAGCUCGCUGGCAGAGUGGUGCUCCCCUACUCCUCUGGCAUCCUAACUGCAGUGCUGCCUUGCCUUUCCUAUGAUGACAGAAAGAAAAAUACCAAAGAAGCAGCCAGUGCCUGUAAUCACAGUCUGAUGAAGCUGGUGACUCCUGAGGAUGAUGAGGAUGAGGAAGAGGAGAAAAGCGGAAGUACAGUAUCGCCGUCCAGGGAAGACGGCCACCCCAAGACGGAGGCAGACAGCAACGAUAUGCUGAAUGCAUCACAAGAAUCUGUUGGUUUCAGUAAUAUCAGCUUCUUUACUCCAGCAAUUGCUGACAGGCCUCCGGUAACUCUUCACCUGGAUGGUAUUGUUCAGGUGUUGGACCGCCACCUCCACGACUCCUCUACUGGCAUGAUGACCCGCAUUGCUGUGCUCAAAUGGCUCUACCACCUCUACAUCAAGACACCGCGCAAAAUGUUCCGCCACACAGACAGCUUGUUUCCCAUGCUGCUGAAAACACUGUCUGAUGAGUCUGAUGAGGUGAUACUGAAAGAUCUGGAGGUGUUGGCUGAGAUAGCAUCAUCUCCCGCCGGCCAAACAGACCAAGCUGGCUCCUGCGACAACACUGACAACAAACUGGAGCUCAAGGUCCCAGAAUGUGCCAAGCUGGGACAGCAGCACAGCACAGGCUCCAAAGCAGUGGACUCCUCCCCCUCCACUCCCAGUAUGAACUCCUAUUUUUACAAGUUCAUGAUCAACCUGCUGAAACGCUUGAGUCAGGAGAGGAAGCUUCUGGAGAACAGAGGAGCUUUCAUCAUCAGGCAGCUAUGUUUGUUGCUUCAUGCAGAGAACAUCUUCCACUCUAUGGCUGACAUCUUGUUGAAAGAGGAAGACCUCAAAUUUGCCUCCACUAUGGUUCAGACGCUCAACACCAUCCUGCUCACCUCUGCCGAGCUCUUCCAGUUGCGCAACCAGCUGAAAGACCUGCGUACCCAGGAGAGCUGUGCUUUGUUUUGCUGCCUGUAUCGCUCCUGGUGCCACAACCCCGUGGCCACGGUGUCGCUCUGUUUCCUCACACAGAACUACAAACAUGCCUAUGAUCUCAUCCAGAAGUUUGGAGAUCUGGAAGUGACAGUAGACUUCCUGAUGGAGGUAGACAAACUGGUGCAGCUCAUAGAAAGCCCCAUUUUCACCUACUUGCGUCUGCAGCUCCUGGAUGUGGAGAACAACCCUUAUCUGAUUAAAGCACUGUAUGGUCUGCUGAUGUUGCUGCCACAGAGCCAGGCCUUCCAGCUGCUCUCACACCGCCUGAGGUGCGUCCCUAACCCAGAGCUCAUGAGGACUGUGGAUGAGUCCAAGUAUAUGGACUCUAAACAGCAAGUGGCCUCCAAACGUGCCUCUCACACUCAGAUCGAUUACAACGAGCUGCUCCAGCAUUUUGACCGUGUCCAGAGUAAACAUCUGGAGGUCCGACACCAGCGCUCUGGACGUGCCUCUGACCACCCUGACAGGAAGCUGAUAUGAAGUCAUUGUGCCGUAGUGACCUCUAGUCAUUGAGAGCAGCGAGAGGAAGGUGAAGGAAAAUAUGUUGCAGAACAAUAUACAUAUAAAUAUAUAUAUAUAUAUAAUUGUACUGGAAAAAAAUAUUAAGAUGAUAUUGAAGCCAAAAAGUAUUAAAAGAGUAUGAUUAAAAACUGUCUUAUCAGAGAAGCACUGGGUAUACAUUGUCAAGAAAUAACUUUAUGUUUGUAAAUUUUUUUGCUAAUAAUGUGGGCAAUUUUAUGUAACAUAAGAAACAACAUUUUUAACAGGAAACAGAUUUGAUACACUUCAGACUGUACUUAAUAUGAAGAUUUGGAGAAUGGACAUGAAAUCUCUUAUUUCGUAACUAGUGGUGAUGAUGAUAUGGCCAUAUCCCCAAUUUUAAUAAUAUACCAUCAGCAGCUGAGGUUUGUUUUCAGCUAAAUUAAAUGUUCACAGUAUUUCAAAUGAAACUGACAUUGCAUCACUGUGUUAAAUAGCUCACUGUCAUUUAAUCUCCAUGUGAACCACAGUAUUUUCAUGGUGUAUCCUUCUGAGCAGUGUGUGCUCAGGGUUGCCUUAAUCUCAUGUCAGCCAGAAAAGAAAUCUCAUGUGUGGGGUAUUGACCCAGCUCAACUCAGAUGAACUCUGACAUAAUUUCUGGCUAGGCCCAUAUUUUUACACUUCUUGCCAUUUGUUUGCUAGUGUAGUUGAUCAGAAACUUAACCUAUAUGCACCUUUAAUUCAAUUCCUUUCUGAUAUAUUCCUCAGCUAGUAUGUAUUUCUCUUUGUUGUACAGUGUCUGCUUGUCUUGCAUUCUUAAAAAGGAUUUGCACUUUUGUCAUUCCUGUGUGAAAAUCAAUAAAGUGGACCAUGUGAUUGAA